AUGCCAAAAAGGAAAAAGGAUUCGGCUAACGAGGUUUUAAAAAAGAAGAGUAACGGCGAUCGGAGCCAUAAUAACUCGUUUCGCAUGAAGAGUUUGAGCUCUGAGGAAAGUUUGGCGAAGAAAGACGAUGAAUAUGAUCUACACGAGGUAAGCCGACCAGAUCUCCCGGGACCGUGACAUAGACAAUGAUACUCUUUGAUUGACUUAACUUGUAGGAAUCGGGAAACGAAAAAAUGGAAAUGCUUCGUUUAUAAGUGGAAGUGUACUUUGCCUUGCUAUCCACUUCUAAAUGGGAAAAGAAAAUAAUUACAAAGGCAAGUAAGGAAAUGAAACAAGGUAUGGCUGAAAGCUCAAAGUUAAAAUGGGAGGCAAAUCAGUUGGCUACUUAAAAGAGAGCACCUAGAAGAAAAAAGAAACCUCUCUUGCUAUGUAGCAAGUGUAACCUCUCGCCCAAUCUUAUACCCGAUGCUCUCCAGGUGACUCUCUAAAGAAGGGCAUGAAACCGUGAGUAAAGACCGCUGAAAAUAAUUACGCGUGAUACGCUGAGGCUGUAUUCACACUAUACGGGAUAAUUUUUGCACCGUCUCGAAAACCAUACCGUAUAAGCUUCUGUUCACAUAUAAUAACAGUGAUUUCGGCGCGAUUUAGGAGCGAAGCUGCGGUAGCGCCGAUCUCGAAAGUGGAGAGUGACAAAUCGGAUAGCAGUUCAUACUAUACCGAAUCGAAUCAUUUCUCAUUAAUUAAAAGCUCGGUUUCGUUUUUGCAGACAGCCAAUGUGGCGACCAUAUUUUUGAGGCUCCGGCCUGUUGAAUAAAGUAGGUUUGAAACAGGAACUUCCGCCUGGUGCAGAGUCGAAUCUUUAUGAUGCUACAUUUGCGUGAUCUUAUUGAAAUUUACAUUCUGGGCCUGCAUUAAAAAGUUUACAUAGGAAGUGUUGAGGACAUGUCAAACUCUGACAAGACCCUAUUUUGAAAAGAAUGGGAUUAACAUAAGUCAACAUCGGCAAACAUCACAUCACCCGAAUCGUGCAAGUUAAAGAUUUUUGAUUGAUUUUCUUGGUACUAUACGCCGCACAAAGAGCAAAAAUUGCUCAGAAAAUGUAUUCAAGUUCUGCUCAAGGACUUCUGCUAUUUGAGAGAGAAUGUAUGAAUGUAUCGCAGGAUUACAAGGUCAUCGUUUGCAAAGUUACUAAGAAUGCAAAUCCAAAGUAACUGCAACUGACAGGAGCAUUAAUUUUAAAAUACACUUCGCGAAGAGAUCACAGUUACCAGAACUAGUCUUCCGGAAUUUUAGUUUUCUCAAUAUUAGUCGCCCUUAGAUGCUUAAGUAUUGCUAAUCAACUUGUUUUAAGAUCAUAGAUGAUAAGUUUGCUUUCUUAACUUUGAAUUAACUUGCAGAAAGCCCCUAAAUCACAGCAACUCCAUCAGGCUGCCAUGUCCGGUGAUGAAGGAACUGUGGAGGCAUUGAUUUCCAAAGGAGUGGGUGAGUGAUUUGACCCCCUCUUCCAGCGAGAAGGUAUAAACAAGACUGCAUGAUUGACGAGAACAAUGGUUUAAUCCUUAGAGAAAAAUGAAGGAAUAUAUCGCACUGAUAUGAUCUAGAUGGGGCUAGGAUGAGAUGUUAAGUGGUGGACUGCAGCAGCCAGAGAUUAUUUUUAAACGUAUGCGAAAUAAAAAGCCAUAAGAAAGUUCACAUAUUUUCGGAUCGUAACCCCUAAACUACAUUAUCAAAAACUACUCACGAGGUUUUAGGACCCCAGAGCUGCAGACCAUCAGGUGAGAAGGGGCCCAGGACCGUUUAACGAUCUGGGAUCCUAAUAGAGGGUUCCAGAUUCCUCAAAGUUAUGCUGAUGCUCUUAUAUAACUUAAAUUGUAAAGAUCUGGGCUCCAGUCUCCACGCUUGGGUGAAUGUGUCUAACUCUCUAUGCUUUUGCAAUCUUGUUUGAAUAAAACCGAUCUCAAAGUGAACGACGAAGAUUUUUAUUUGAUUUUAAGUCUGUGGACGAAAUCGCGUUAUGCAAUCAUUCCAUGAAACCCCUUCAGCAGCACUUCUACAUGAUACUUGUUUUGUACUUAAUCCUAACUUUUGAGUACAUAGACAAAAUCCUGUGGUCUGGGGAGGUGUGACCAUUCAAAUGAAACCUCAGGUGCAUCUUUCACAUAGUACUUUUUGUUAUUCAGCAUUUCACUUUGGCCACUUGUCGGAACGAAAAUUAACAAAGUCUUGCAAAUAAAACAUACCGUAAGUCCUCUAUUAAGCACCCCCUUCUCAAAUAAACCCCCACUCUGUAAUAACCGCCCCCCUUUUUUUCAGGGGAAGAAAGUUAAUAAGCGCACCUCUCUUUUAAUUAUUUCUCACUAAUAAAUGAUGGACUGUAUUAAUCAAUCACCUCUGUAAAACGUCGUGUGGACUGAUCCGGGACGGUUUAUUCACCAACUGGAAGUUCGGAUUCGUUUUUGAUCCUCUGCUGCGUGACCUCAACAUUCUUGUACUUGAGCUUGUCCACUUUGUAUCAUAAUUCUUUAUGGAGAACGUAUACCAUUGUGUUGCUAAAUUUAAUAAUUCCCCCCUCUACAAUAACCCCCCGUCUCUAUUAAGCCCUCCUCAAAUUUGUUUGAAAUAAAUAAGCCCCUCGGGGAGGGGCUUAACAGAGGAUUUACUGUGCGUUCGUGCCCUUCAUCGCAGAUAUUGGUGUCACAGAUGAGUUCGGUCGUACACCUUUACAUAAUGCAAUUCUUGGAAAGCAGCUGGGAAUAGUAGAGAUGCUCCUCAACAAGGGCGCGGAUGUCCAAGCUCAAGAUGAGAGGAAGGACACACCACUACACACAGCUGUGAGAGUAGGCGACGAAAGAAUACUGCAGGUAUAGAUUACGGAUGACACGGGUAAGAUCAUACUUAAAGAUACCUCCACAUCAUCGAUCAUUUCUUCCCCAAUACUAUCUUGAUUUCGGCCUUUGUGCUUCACGUUGGGGCUAAGCGUGUGGGCAAUCCGCCCUCACUGACAAAACAGAGUGGCACCACCGUAAGGUAAUCCGGAACCUGGAAAACUUUUUGCCUGUGGAAUCCGGAAUCCUUGGCUUUGGAAUCCGGAAUCUAGAAUUCAAGAUUGUCUUACAUGGGGCGAAUGCCCUCCUACCCCUCUCCUAAGCCAACAUUAACACUUACUUCUCACUUAGGGCAAAAUGUUAGCUUCGGGUAGGGGUAGGUGGACAGUUUCCAGAAACGCAUAAUGAACCCGAACGGAACAUUUGGGAAGCAGGAAACUACCUUUCUGCUAGAAAAAAAAACAGCUUAAACUGCAAGUUGAUUGAUUAGUUUCUGCUUUUCCCUCAUCUUUUGUGUCAUUAGGCGCUGCUGCGAAACUCACAAUGUGACGUUAACUCCGCUGGCCGCGCUCUUGUGACUCCCCUUCACCUGGCAGCUGGAAUGGAUCGAGUUAACGUCUGCAAGAUGCUAGUAAGUAUGAUGAUGGUAACGAUAACGAUAGAAGUCCAUCAAAAAAUUGUUAACGCCCAGGGUGCAGGGGUCGAGUUGCACACUCGAGUUGCAAAUGCGCGUGGGAAGAUGUUAAGCAAUAAAACGGGUAAGGAUGGCAAGAGGCCGACACGAGCGCGCAAGCUUUGGGCCAAGGUAAAUGGCUAGUUGACCAAUUAGAGCGCGCGAUUUACUUUACAGUGUUGAUGACGAUGAUUAUGGUGAUGAGUGUGACAAAAUGGUAGCAAUGAGGAGUCUCGUCCAUUACACUUCCUCUCCCUUCCUUCUCUUAAGUGAUAAAUAUUUUGUUAUUAAAAAAGCUUUUAUAGCCAUCGAACGUUUUUAUUCAUGGUUUAGAUUGAACAUCGUGCAAGGGUCGACGUAAUGGAUGAAGACCAGAUGACUCCCUUGGGUCACGCAGUAGAAAGAGGGGCCAAAGACGCUGUGGAGUUCUUCUUUAAUUACAGUAAACAAAACAUUUUUCCUUAUUACUACAAAGAAUAAAAUCGUUUAAUGUACUUUGGAUGGAAGUCUAAAUUAGCAAAACCUAGGGCGCGAUCCAUUCAACCAAAAUUUCCGGAAAUUUCGGUGCAAAACUCAAUGGAUCGGUUCGGUCCAACCGGAAAAGUUUCGAAAAAAACGGGUCCACCUUCUGAGGUGGACCACUUUUCCCGGUCGGACCGGUUGGAAUUUUAGUUGAAUGGAUCGCGCCCCUAUUGUCAACAAAGAUGUGAUUUGGUCAACAUCGUUUGCUUUCAGUCAAAACUCAGCAGCUGAACUUGGAAUCGUUUCUUUACAAAGCGGAUAUGGAUGGGUCGUCUCUUUUACAUAUGGCUGUAGACAGCGGCAACCUGAAGGUUAGCUAGUGAUAAGUUUCUCCGUAUUUACACAGUAUUGAUUAUAACAUGCCCCAAGGAAUACUUGCGCGAAUUUAAUCUGGUCUUUUAGCAACUUGGAAAACUAGCAGUCACCUUCCUAGCAUGUGAUAACAACGUGCUCGUCCCAAGCCUUCGGGAAAUGUUUUAAAAAAGAAAUAAGGAACCUUUUUGACAGCCUAACAGGCGCUGCCUAUUCAUCAUUUACCUUUGGCUUAAAAGACACACUAUGGUUUCCGUUGUAGAUUACCAUGAUAAUGAUGAUGAUGAUGAUUAUGAUGAUUCAGUAUGAUUGUGAUUAUGACGAUGCUCAGUAGAAGGCAGACGACGACUUUGACACGAAUCAUAUCCAGAGGUCUGACCGUUAACUCUUUUCAUAAAGGUGACAUUUCUAUUCUUUUACAGAUUGUUGAACUGUGUUUGCAGAGUGGUGCAAGAGCAAGAUAUCCAAAGGUUGGUUUAUAAACUGAAUUGUAGGAUGUAAUAUGGUCUAACGUUAGCAUAGUGUGUUGAGUUUGUUGAUACGCGUCUGAUAAUUAGCCUUUAUUAUACACUAAAGAAAUAACAUAUAGGGGUCCUGCUAAUGAAAUAAGACAUUUUCAUGCAAGGCUACGCCAUUUUUAUUUGCAGGCCUCCGACAGAAGCACAGCGUUUCAUUUGGCAUGUGGACAAGGUUCUCUCGAGGCCGUAAAACUUUUGGCCAAUCAUGACCCUUCCAUCUGUCGAAUAAUGCUGAUUGACUUUCAAGGGCAGACUCCUCUUCACAAAGCUGCCGCGAAAGACCACGUGCAUGUCGUCGAAUAUCUUCUAAAUCAGGUAAAAGUAGUUAAAUUUCAACAAAUGUCUUUUCAUGGUUUCUCGUUUAGUCAUCUGCUUCCUUCUGUAGGCAUCGUUGAGUUUCGAUCCAACUAAGCGGCAUUAAUUCAUGCAUGUCACACAGUUUUGGUUAGAUUUCAAAGGAAUAUGAUCAAUAAAGAUUAGGUAUGAAAAACGUUGAAAGCAAAAACUUGUCUUGCAAUAACCAUCUGUUGAAGAUUACUAUCUUCUAGAGCCAAUUUCAUUUGGCAAUUUAUCCUUGAUAUCACAUAGGGUGCCGCUGUGGAUCCCCCUGAUCGAGACCGCUGUACCCCCCUGUUCAGAGCAGCAGAGAAGGGAGGCGUCGAGACAAUUCAAUUGUUACUCGAGCGAGGUGCUGACGUCACGGUAAAAAGCGUACAGCAAAAAUCACUUCUUCAUGCUGCUGUUUCUCAUCCUGGUGCGAUGGAGAUUCUUCUAAAGGUGCCUUCCUUUACAUAAUUUACAAAUCACGUGGUUAACUGAUAUAGAACGUUUUCACUCACGUGGCCAUCAUCUAUGCAAAUUUAUUGGAACAAAAGAAAGCGUUUGCAUGAGAAAAGAGUUCAACUCCCACAGGAUUGGUUUGGGACAACAACAUGGCCGCCGUUUCAUUGUUUUGGGACACCAAUAUGGCCGCCGUGACGUCAUGUGAAAACACUUUAUACAAAUUUUCAAAGAAAAGAGUUCAGUAGACCGUUUAUAAGUUUCAAAAUCUCUCGCUAUUCAAACGAGGCUAAGUGCAAAACCUUUCUUGGAAAAUGAGUCAUUUAUCUGCAUGGGAUUAAGAAAUUCAUUUUCACAUCAAUGGCUUCCCACUUAGCCUCGCUUUAAAACAAAGGUUUACUGGCAACUCGGAAAUUGCCUUUUGCUUUGCGAUCCGAUAAAAGAUGGCCAAAAUGGUAGCGUGACUAUAAAGAUCUAUUUCCGUCCAUUCAUUUUGUUCUAUAUAUCCUUUCUGUACUCGUUGUCUCCUUAGGAGGCCUUAUAACACGAUUUUUUCUCAGCAACUUUUUUUAAGGAAUUGGAGAAGUUCCACAAUUUAUAACUCGCAUAGAAGCAUCCCUCCUUUAUAUUACUCCCUUGCAAUAACAUUGUUUUUUUUUUUUGUUUUAUGUUUUGGAAUAUAAAGGAACCAUCAUCAGCAUAUCUCAUAACCGACAAAGAUCACAGGAGCUUUACACCGGUACAUUAUGCCGCUGGGAAAGGACAAGCCAAGGUAAGAGUAGUGACACAAGAAUAUUUCGAAAGAUCAACUCAACUCAUCAACUCAGGAUCAGCUCAGUAGGUCGUCGGUUAUUUUCCUGGGGCCGGACCAAUACUGAGGGUCUUAAAAUAACUGAAAAAAGGAAGGUACUACCUUUGCGCUGCGUGCAAAGGGCUAGACUUUCACGUGCCUAGGAUGACCAGCGACAUGAGCCGCGGUCACGGACUUCAAAAGGCGAGUUCUCAGGCUGAACACAGAGUUUCAGAAAUUCUGGGUUCUUCGAAGAUUAUUCGUCAUACAAAAGUAGAAAUACUUCGCCUGAAAUCAUGUUUUCUUCGAAAGAAAGAAACGAAACUUCACUCAAAUCUUUGAAAGACAUUUUCAACUGAAUUAUUCUGUCGGCGUUCAUGAUGGUUUCACGUUGGUUUGUUUAGUGAUCUGCAUUUGGUGCGUAAACCGCGUCCCCAAUCCAGUCUUGCGAGGCCAGCCUUGCCUUUCGUGAAUCAAGAAAGUCUGGUGCUUAAGUUCCCUAUUGUUGCGUCAUGAACAGCUCCAAACACGCAUGCCCAUAAAUGAUUUAAUAAAUACAUCAAUGGCAUGUAUUAGUUACACCCAAGAGUAAUCGGCUCCUGGUUACACCAUUAUGUACAACUUUUUUUAACCUUCCGCAUCUUCUUCAAUUUUUCAGAACAUUUCCCUUCUGAUGGAGACAAAUAAAGCCGCCGCUGAUGUCACAUCAAACGAGCUUGACACACCCCUACACAUUGCAGCCAAGUAAGAUUUAACAAUUGCGGUUUGGAAUAAUAACGAACAUUAUACAUAUAGUAAUGAAAAAAAAUUACUUUUGUUCGGCCGGUUAUGAUUAGUAUAAAGACAAUUAGUAGAGGGCGUCCAGUUGAAUUUCACAUGAAACACUCACUCUCGUGUUUGAUAAAAUACAUCUCAUUAUUCGACAAUCAGAUGAAACUCCUUCUCGUGUUUGAUUUGUACUUCUCAAACUCAUUAACAAUUCAUAAAGAAUAAAAAGCAAAUUAAUGUUUAAUUAGUGUUUGGAAAUCAGAUGAAAAACUGCUCAUGUUUGCAUCCUUAAUUUCUCCUGCUAAAAUCAUAUUGUUUGAGAAUUAAUAACAAGCAUUCGACACAGUGUUUUAUCACCAGAUGAAACAUCUCUAAGUUCGUCAAAAAUACUCCGCUGUGCGUCGUAUUUUCAACUCUCUUCUCGGUGUUUCAUCUGGUGAUGAAACACGGCAUCUCAUGGUUGAUAUGUUACUUGGUUACUUGAAAGUAAAAUAAAAAAACAUGAUUUACUUGUUUCGUUUUAGCACAAUAGGACUUUUUGUCUACCGUUCACUUGUUCUGUUUCAGAUUCGGUUGGCUGGCAAUAGUUGAGAGUCUUUUGGUUGGUAGAAACAUUCGCAUGAUAAACUUGCAAAACAACAAAGGAAUGACUCCGCUUCACCUUGCUUGCUGCAAUGGUCAUGAUCAAGUUGUGGUAUUCCUUCUUUCGCAAGGUGCUACAGUAGAAAAGUAAGCACACUGGUAGACGUGUUCCACAGAAAAGAGACAAUUACUGAAACUGCUCGAACAAAGGUUGUUGUCCGAAAGUCGUACAAUUCGCUAUUCGCCACUUUAGAAACGAGAAAGGAACUGGAGCCGAAAUGUGUCCCGCAAUUGUUUGUGGGAACGUUACAAAUGACGUGCCGCUCAGCUAUUGGCCAAUUUUUCCCCUGUCCCUAGUAACAGUUCCAGAAGUCUUUGCGAAUGUAAACUCGUCCCAGUUUCCCUCUCGGUUUUAAAAGUGGCGAUUUGGCGAUACAUUUUGGAAUAAAAGAAGAGACUGAAAACUGUUUUUAAAGUUAAGUAGGCAUACUUUGUACCAGUUUAAAUUUUGUGAUGAUCAGAUUUAAACUCCUCUUGAUUUCAGAGAUCAGCAUGAAAAGACGCCGUUACAUCUGGCGGCCACUCGAGGAUCCAAGAAAUGUGUGGUUUCUAUUUUGGAAAAGCACCCUGACUGCCUAAACGCUGUCGACGAAAACAAGGUUAACUAUCUUCAAUUUCCCUCUUCAAUUCAACGAUGAAACCUCGCGAAGUGUUUCUCUGAUUUUUGAGGCUUUAGACAAAAUUCCUAGUUCAAUGAGCGGUACUGGUCAACUUCCCUUUGUACUGUUUAUUAUGCUGCACAAGGUGGCUCUGAUAUUUGAGUCUGAUCUGUGGAUGAAUUACUGCAAUGCUACCAGUCAAAUGAAAGCUGCCAAGUAUACUUUCCUCUGGUUCAGGUUUUUAUAUUGUGCAAGGUAGCUCUAACUUUUGAGUGCGUCGACAAAAUGCUAAUCUAUCAUGUGACCAAUUUUAAAUGGAUCCUCCUCGGUACUUUUUUUCUCAUGGCACUACUUGUUCAGUGCAGUUUUUCAAAGAGAAAUUUUGCAUUUGAUAUUGAAAACAUAAUUUUCAGUGUCUUAUGCGUUAUUCCUAUUUUUCUCUCAGUGAAGAGGCUAAAGUAAUUAUUCAAGGGGUUAAUAAACCUUUUGUUCCUUACAGAACACAGCGUUGAACCUGGCGUCAUUAGAAGGACAUGAUGAAAUUGUUGUUUAUCUGAUGUCACAAGAAGAUCAAGAAAUCUUAAUGAACUCAUACAAUCAAAACCUCUUGGACAUCGCCCUUAACAAAGAAAAGCGUAACGUUGCUAUGGCAAUUGCUGAACAUCCCAGGUAAAUAAGAUGCAAGCAUGCUAGUUUGCACAGCAGGCGUGUUUUGCAAAGCGAUUGAUUUAGACGUUCAAACUGACCGACAGUGAUCAUUCCAGGGAAAUCUCAGACUGAGGCCUAGAUGUAUUGACCGAGCGAUAGCGUAAUGACCGAACGGACAUCAAGUUAAGUUAUUUAUUAUUAUGGUCUUUUCUUUAUGGACCUGAGCCUGCGAUCAAUUAAACCAAUAACUGAUCAGCGGAUAACUUUAAAAAAAACACGUAGCCUCAAUGAGUCGUACACUUCAGCCCGCCAUACAGUCAUGUGACACUGGUCAGCGGAUACCCUUUUUGACAGCUGUCGAUCAAUUGACCAUAACAUGGAUUUUUCAUAAGGAUGUCCACUAUCAAGUUAAACACAGAUUGUAUAUGCCUUCGACACCUAGCCAGUAAUGGCUGGUCAAUACAGGAAAAUAAUGCCCGCUUAGCAGCCAAUGGGAGCGCACAUACUAUUGUAGCCAUAUACUCUGCAAUAAUAUUGAUGAUUCAGCUGCCUGGAGUUAAUUGCAGCUUCAUUUUCUUUGGUACUUUAAGGUGGAGAGAGAUCUUGUCCUACUCAGCCCCAGGCUCCCUCUUAAUGAUGCAAGCGCUGGUUAUAAAAAUGCCGGACGUUGCAGAGGUAAAACGUCAUUUUUAUCAAAUAGCGGCAUCUAGCUCCCCGCGAAAAUGCCAUAUUUAUGUUUUAAGAGGCUUAAGAUAUAUAAAACAAUCUGUGUUUCUUUAGCGCAUUUUAGAUCAAUGUGUUGUGGAAGAAGGUGACGAAAUGAAACCAGAAUACAAGGUGCGUCAAUAAAUCUUUUUUUUUUCGCUACUAAUAGUCCUAUUCAACAACGCGACAAGUAUGGAGAGGUACGAGACGACUUCGUUAGACUCGUAUAUCAAAGUGGGGCUGUUUUAAUUUCAUUGCACAAUAUUUUUAUAUGUUUUUUCUCGAAGGUUAAGAAAGAUUUGACAAUGGUUCAGGCAAAAUACGUUCCGAAUCCCGAGAAGGAUCAGCUAACAGUACUAAAGGUAACUAAAUAUGGCCAACUUCAACAAACCAGCUAAGGGAUUUAAUUUAGGCAGCUAUCAUGACUGGUUACUCAAACACAUGGCACUGGUCACCCUACGCCAAUUUCCGUUUUUUUUUUUUAGUUCUUUUGUUGGUUUGAGUUAUUUCUCUAGCAUUGAGGUUUGGUCCUUAAAAACCUCAGUAGUAAUUUAUGCAAGAAAUAUGCGGAAAUCAAUUUUUUUUCUUUAUUUGAUAUUUUUCAGACGAUGGUCAAAUAUCGCCGUGACAACUGUCUGACUCACGAAGUCGUCUUCACCUUGAUGCAUUUAAAAUGGUAAGUGAUGAAGACACAGUCUUUAUAACUCCCUUCAGAAAAGGUCCAAGGAUGAUUUAUGUUUAAAUUUUUGUGUCGGUGGACUAAACUAGUUACACACUGAAGAGUGCUUUCCUGUGGUACAAUUUAUUAAAUGUUCUAUAAGAAGCCCUGCAAGGUGUUCCUAGCUUUAUUUGAGUCUGCGGAGAAAAUCAUCUGUGGUGUGACCAUUCAAAUAACAGCUACUAAGAAGUAUUUUACUGUUUUUGUGGGCAUUAUUAUCCCCAGCAAUUGCUUUUUUUUUCCGUGCUCGUCUAGUACUUUCUUUUUUGCAUAUUACUGUCUUGCGUAUUCAGUUAACAGCAGCCAUGAAUGCCGACUUUUCUGCUUGCGUUUGUUCAGCACUAAACUAGGUCCCAGCUUUUAUUUUAGUGUAUUUAUCAAAAGUAUAAAGCAUUGGUACCGAAUGUAUUUGAAAUCGUUAUUGUGAACAAUUCUUUUGCAGGAAAAAAUUUGGUUUUACAUCUCUCAUGUUCAACCUUCUCCUCUACCUCUGUUAUCUGGUACCGCUGACCACCUUGGCGCUAUAUUCACGAGACAAAGAGAAAGAAUAUUGUGCCCCGAACGACUCCGACACAAGAAAAGUAAGUAGCAGUGUAAUUUGCUGCAAAGGAGAUUUCUUGCACCUACCAUCUUGAUUAUACAGUCCAGCUACGCUCCUAUAGUCAACACAGACACCUGUGUAAGAGCGAAUUUCCACUGUCGCGUAAUGUUUGGGUGCGUCUACCCGUGUAAAUAAAUAGAGGCUUGCAAUGUAUCAGGUCGCGUGUAAGCGUUAAAGCUCGCUCAAAUUUUAUGUUUACGCGCGACACUUCAUACCGUCGCUCUAUUUGAUAUACACGAGUAUUAUUAUUUACGUGCGUGCGCAAGUAAAAAUUGCGCGGCAGUGGAAAUUCGCCACACACUGGAACGUUUGCCACGAUAUUAAUAUGUGAACGUUUUGCAUUUUAAGGAUUACCUUGAAACCUUACCUAAAGAAAAGUCUCAUUUGGUAAGUCUAAAAGGUUAAUUUUCGAGUGGUACUGCUUCUUGGUUCUUAUAGAUGGCUAUACUCUUUUUGACCAAUUUACUCCUUUUUUCUUUAUCAUUUUAGAAAGUUCAGGCGCUGACCUUUGUUGUUGUUGUUUUUACUUUGAUUCACUUGGCUAGAGAAGUCUUUCAAAUGGUUUCAAAGGUAAAUGCCACCCACAUUUAAUGGCAUUUCAAAGCUCAAUAUUAUUUGAGCAGAAAUGUUGCGCAACUUAGCCCCUGAGUACAACUUUCACUAUCACAACAGGGUCAAUUUUCCGCGACCGGCGACCCGCGCCGCUUUGAUUCUAACCAUCAUCGCUUGUAGGCAGUCGGCUGUUGAAACGUCGCUAUCGACAUUACUAUCAUUAGAUAAAAGAAUAACAAAGCUAUGAAACUGAGGACGGUCAAACCUUUACAUAGCGGCGGCCGUACCAUCGGAACAACCUUUCUUGGAGACCUUGUCUUAAUGAAGAGGUUACUUUGAGAGAAAUUUAUCCAGUUUGCUCAUUGGACAGCCGUUGCGUAGUGCAGAUAUGGCCAUUUUUUGUUGGAAGUUUUAGGCGAGAUAGAGCGGCCGGCGCAGUUGUUUCUGGGAUGCUUACUGGUGAUGAUGCCGGUCAGCUAUUGGCCCACGUUUUCCCUACGUCCCUAGUGACAUCCCCAGAAAUCUGUGCGAAAUUUAACUCGGUCCAGUUCCCGUCUCCUCUCUAAAUUGGCGAAUGGAAAGUAAAUUAAUUUACUGACUUACGCUGUUUUUGUUACUCUUUACAGCGUGCUAAUUACUUCUUUACCUCAUCCAAUUAUUUUGAGUUGGCUGGUUAUAUCACCACAAUGCUGUUUAUCCUGCCUUCUUAUGACUGCAAGACUGGCACGCAGAUUCAAAUCGGAGCUGUUUCAAUGUUUUUUGGAUGGAUGAACCUAAUUCUUUACUUACGAAAGUGAGUGACAGGAAAACUGCAUUACGGGGUCGUUCACAGUCGUUUAAGGCCGCUCUUUUAUCUAUGUUUUUUUUCAUAGUGGGAUCACUCAAAUUAUCGAGACUCUAGCAUCCAUGGCCCCAGUUUGCAACAUCCAAGCCACUGGAUAACUUACUAUCUAGUGGAAAGGUAUUAGGGAAACCAAUUACGUUAUCCAGAGGUUAGAGAUUUAUCUAUAGUGGCUAGAGUCAUCCACGUUUUGAACAACUGGGGCCUGGUCCGAGUUGUUGAACCACAAGAGCUGCUGAGCGCUAUCCACCGGAUGUAGUUUUCCGAUAGUUUGCCAAGUGUAAAAAAUAAGUAAAUCGCGUUAUCCACUGGAAAAAUAUUUAUCUACGGCAUAAUGUUAUCCACCUUAUGAACAACUGGCGCCUGACUGAUCUAACACAUGAUAUGUGGAUCCAUAUACUGCUAUAUUCAUUUUGCGCGCGGCACUGAAUAAUUAUCACAGAAUGUCUUUAUUUAGAGGUGUAUGUGCAACCAACGUCUCAAAUAUUUGUGUCUAUUAACAGUUUUCUUCACCCUUUUUUCUUAGACUUUCAUUUUACGGAUCAUAUGUUAUCAUGCUUGCCACAAUGUUUAAAACGCUGUUAAAGGUGAGGUCUUAUCUUGUCUUGACUUUAACCUUUUUUCCUCAGCCUCUGUACAGUCUUCCGGUCAUUUGCUUAACGGUUUAGAUAGAUUUAUUCUGGCUCUGAUCGUACGGCUAAACACCUCACAAGACUUUUCUUUUCCUAAACAGCCACGUGACCAAAAGAAGCGGCGGGAUCUGGGAACGAGAAUGCUCGCAGGCCUAAUGUAUUGCUCACCAACCUCGUCCCAUUUUCAAGGAAAAGCUCUGGAGACGAGUUAAAUUUUGGCUUUGCGGUGCAAUUACCGUGUUCACCAAAUAAAGAAACCCACAAACUUCACCUUUCUCAACUCCAACAGCCUUUUUUGCUGAAACUGUGUUAUGAUGCUCCUGCAUGCUUAGUAUCAUUUCAUCUUCUUCAGAUUUCAUGCUUUUCUUUGUGACGAAACCGUAGAGUACAUGGAUCAGGAGCAGGUUUUUACUGGUGGUUUCCCCUCAUGUGCGCAAUAUCCACACGACGUCCUAAUUUAUACGUCGGAAGAGUCGUCUUUUGCAAUCUUUAUUCAUACAGCCUCCUUAAUGAUGCGUUUUUUCACUUAUAUUCACAAAAGGUCUUGGUUCUGGUCAUCUUAUUUCUUCUGUCAUUUGGAAUAACUUUUUACAUGCUGAUCGAUGAAAAUGUAAGUAUAUAGUCUUGCACCUUUAGAAUCGUACAGAGGUACUGUUAUAGUAGUUCAAGUUGUCAUGCUGCCAUGGACGUUUGAAUUAAACUUUUUUGAUUAUUGAAAUUCUGACUUACUUGAAUUUAUAAUUUCUUUUUAGGAAACGUACAUCUCGCUUCCUCAUUGGUUAUUAACAGUCUUCGUUAUGACUUUGGGUGAACUGAACUACGCUGAUAACUUCAUGCCAUGGGAAUAUCCUUUCUCAAGUCUCGUCAACUUUCUGUUUGUUAUCUUUGUUCUUUCAAUGCCCAUUAUUCUCAUGAACAUGCUGGUGAGACGUUAACUUUUACAUUGCUUAUUGGCUUAGAGCAGUGGUAUUUCAGCUUAAUUUGAAAUACCUACAUGUGAAAAUUACAAACCUUUUGUGGGUAGUAGUAUAAACGAAUAAUAGCAUGAUUUGUACGUGAUAUUUGGCAUAAAUAUCACUAGUGAUAUUUUAAAAUUGUCUCAAAUUUCACUCGCCUAACGGCUCAUGAAAUUACGUAUAACAAUUUCGAAAUAUCACUCGUGGUAUUUUAUGCCAAAUAUCACUACAAAUCAUGCUAUUACCUAUACGUAAUAGCAUGACUUGUAGUGAUAUUUUGCAUAAAUACCACGAGUGUUAUUUCGAAAUUGUUGUACGUAAUUUCACGAGCCGUUAGGCGAGUGAAAUUUGAGACAAUUUUGAAAUAUCACAAGUGGUAUUUAUGCCAAAUAUCACGUACAAAUCAUGCUAUUAUUUGUUUAUACUACUAUCCGCAAAAGGUUUGUAAUUUUCACAUGUAGGUAUUUCAAAUAAAGGUGAAAUACCACUGCUCUAAGCCAAUCCAAUUGCAGAAAUUUUUCAUGUAGUAGUAUAAGCCGUAUAAUGAAAUGCUCCUCGUGGAAUCAUACCCUGUAUCCAUACUGUCUUUAAAAUAAUUUGACUUGUGGUUUCCUACCAUUUUUGAAGGACAAUGAUUCAUGCAGUCAGUCCCUCUUCAAAUUUAAAUCUGAUCUCCUUCUCCCGACCUGUUCCAGCUGUAAGUCGUACGAAAAGAGAAUGUAUGUCGAAUAUAAAAAUAAACGCAAAACAUCAGAGUACUAGCAGAUCUAGUCUGAGCCACUUUUCCCCCACUAAAAAGAGCGGAACUACCUAAAUCUAGAAUUCAGCAGAAAUAUACAUUAUCAUACAGAGCACACCAAGCACUGCACAAUUCAAAGUCAAUAACAAAUAUAACAAGAAUAGUAAAUGAAUAUUUCAUAUUUUAGUUAUUUACCGGUAAGGUAUGGUUGUUAUCUUUUACAGGUUGGUCUUGCUGUUGGUGAUAUUGACAAUAUUCAGAAGAAUGCCACAAUGGACAGAUACGUCACACAGGUAAAUGUUGCCGUUCUACGUCAAUGAUGUACGAUUACGAUUCAAUCGUUAAUUAUAAGGGAAAAUUGAAAGGGAAGACAUCAUUUAACUUUUUCAGUUCCACGUAUUGCUCCUCGUUUCCUGCCUUGGUAGGAAACGGUCGCCUAAUCCAAGAUGAUCUUGGAUUCGGGAUUCCUCGCUCUGGAUUCCGGAUUGCAGGUACUGGAUUCCAGAUUCUAUGUCCGGGGACCUUAGAUUCCGGAUUAUAAUCGUUAGUGUAAUGUGCAUUUCUUGCCCUGUAUUCCGGAUUCCAAAGCCCAGGAUUCCAGAUUUCACAAACAAAAUUUCUCGAAUUCCAGAAUCCGGAUUCCCGACUCCCUUUCGUGGGGCGAACAUGGAAAGAAAAUGACAAGAAUCGAAAGGAGACGAGGAAUCCCUUGUGGAAUGAUCAGAACUUUUACCAUUGGACCAACAUUUGCGUUUUGCGUUUUGCGUUUAGCCACUUGACCGUAAGAGAAAGGCAGCGAAAAUUGGGAAAGAACCGUUUGGAAAAUGAUCAGAUCUUGUCCGCUCGAGCAAUUUGUCCCGUUUCCGUUUUUAUAUUUCAAAAAUUCUUUGUUACUUUCAUUUUUUGUCUUUUAAGUCUUCAGAUAAAUGACAUCUUAAACAACCUUAAGCUUGCACACAUAUUGCGGUUUUCUUCAGGUUUGUUUGAGUUCGCACGACCCUUUUUUGAGCGCCAACAAAACUGAUGAUCAUUUCUUGUUUGCAAUUAGAUUCAGUUGCUUCUGGAGACUGAGGAACAGCUCCCUCGAUGGCUUCGAAGACUUGUCCAAUUCGAGAAGCAUGUGGACUUCCCAAACAAAAAGGAACCAUUAAAGACGCGGGUAAUGAGAACGAACUAGUACUAACCGAAGGUUGCGGAAUGCGGACGAUAACAAUCGAAGGUCCAAACGCUUUUGCUGACCAACGAUGUCCUUAGCGUAAAUUUCAUGCAUGUGAUAGAUGUCAAAUAGCCCCCGUUAUGAGAUUGUGAGUGAUAGAAGUUCUUAAUGCGGGUGAUCAGAUUACGUCAUGUGCAAGUGGAAGUACGAGGCUGCAUAUCUGCUGUACUUGCGUAAUAGCAACCUGGAGAUUAGGAUUGCGGUUUCCUUUUGUCGACCGCAAUAAAUAAAUUAAUAAAUAGAGGCUCGGCAUGCGAACUUGUGGAUGUAAGAAAACAAGGAGAGGAAAAAAAAUCACAACAAGAAAACAAGGGCAAUUCAAUCCCUCCUUAAAAGGCGAUCAAAUGAAAGGUCGAAGGGACCCGGCCUGCCCUAGUUACCUCUUGCCCUGUUCAGUUCACUAGCCUGCUUCAACUCGGACCUCAGCCAAAAAAAGAUUGGCCAAGACAAGGCAAGACAAUUUAGCCUACAUUGUGCUUAUUAGGGGCACUAAUCUCUAACGUAGUCCUCUGAUUUUGAAUCGUCAAAAACUAUUAUAAUUAACUCUGGUCUGAUUUCAUUAAUGGUUUAACUAAUCAAUUACCAAGUCUUGAAUGACAUUUCUUCCAUUUAUAUAGCGCAUAUGUUCUCCUUAAAAUACGUAAAAACGUUAAUUUAUGAUCAUUUUGUCGUAUUAAGCUGUAUGAUACCAUUUGUGGGUUUGGACAUCCGGGAGAUGACAGUGAGGAACAGGAAGUGGAAUCAGAGUCUCUGGCGGACGUUAUAGAGAUCAAGAAUAAACUGCAGGAACAGGACGCCAAGUAAGCCAAUAAGCUUAGUUCAUUCAAAUAGGGUAUAUUUCGGCAAAAAAAGCAAUGUAGACCCCUUACGCCAACCAUUACCAAGCUGGCUUGUUUAUUGCAUGGUUUCCUACAGGUUGUUUGGAAUAGAGUCUUUUCACUCACGAGGCCAGCAGCUAUGAAAAUUUAGGAUCAAUCUAGGUAUCUGGGAAACUGCCCACCUACCCCUCCCCUAAGCUAACAAUAACACUUACUUCUCACUUAGGGCAAAAUGUUAGCUUAGGCGAGGGUAGAAACCUAAAUUGAUCCCAAACUUAUUUCAUUCUCAUUAUUUUGGGAGACCAAUAUGGCGGUAGUGACGUCAUGUGAAAACGCUCUAUAGCGGUACAACAUUGUUAAGGGGACUGAGCAGAGGAGAGAAACUGGGCUACCGAAAUAUGAAAUGCUGUGAGGGCAGAGUGCGUCAAGUAAUUUUGUUGGUUUAGGAAUUUAGGGGAGGGAAGGCUUUCUCUUUUUUUUCCAAGUGAAUAUCAACAGAAAAAUGUGAAAAAUAUGGUCGAGAACAAAGUACCUGACAAUGGACUCGAGGCGACAAUACUUCGUUUGAAGUUUUCACCAAAAAAUGUAUAAAUGGUCAUUGUAUUUGUUUUGGAUGUUGCAUCAUAUAUUUCCAUAAAGAACACAUUAGACCAAAAUUUAUAUCAUUCGUGAAAGUUAUACCGAGAGAAGGUCGGAGUCAGAGAUCAAACGGUAAUCCAGUUGCCUGAUCUUUUCACAAAGACCAUUUUGAAUCUCCAACUCAUGAAGUCUAAUCUUAAAGGCGCUAAAUCAGCAUACUGUGUUAUUACAAUAUUCACGUUUGCUUUCGGCCAAAAGCGCCAUUAUACAACUGGACAGUACAAAAUGCAGACUGUAGACUGACUGCAGACCAUUGCUUUCAGGGUUAAAAAAGCAAUGGGACUAUUGUUGUCACGUUCUCAUUUGCAUGGUGAAAACAAUAGUCUGCAGCAAUGUGCAGUCCGCAUUUUGUACUGACCGAUUAAACAAUGAACUUGAUAUCGCACGAAAUAGAAAGUUCCUGUCUUAGAAUUAAUGAACAAUUUAGAUGAGAAAUAUACCUUCACUCGUGCCAGAUUUUUCAAUGAUACUUCACUGCCCUGUGUUUUCAAGCAAGAGUAUUUUCCCUGAAUAGAAAUACUAACACGUGCUAAAGUCAUACAACUCGUGAGCAAUCUUUAGCUCAGAAGAAAGUGUUCCUGAACAAGGCAUACAGCAGUAGUAAACUAGUUACCUUGGUUAACGAAAAAAGACCAUAUCCUGGCAGGUGCUAAAGUAGAAUCAUGGAUUCAAGACCGUCCGACUUCUUUCUGUCUUUUUGGUUCCAUAAUUCGUAAUCUCAAUCACAAUGAAUUCAUUCUGCACAAAAUUCCCUACUCAGAAAUUAUCACACAACAUGUAAAAAUAUUUGUAGUGAAAGAAUUUUUCUAUUAACCAAUGAAUGGCUAGAAUGAAUAUUUUCUCAUUAUACAGCAACACAUCUUUUGUUUGAAAAACAAUAGAGGUAGAAGGUAGUUACAAGUAAUUCAUGGAGGUCGAGACUUCUGAACUUUCUAAAAGUUAAUAGAAAAACAGCUUGAGAAACAACAUAGCCUGACAGCAAAUCAUGGAGAGGCAGAAGGUAGUUACAAAUACCUAAUGAUGGCCGAGACUUAUGAAAGUCAUCUCAAAUAGUGAAAACCGAAGUUAUUUUGUUAAAAUAAUAAAAACAACGAAAAAUAUUUUUGUUCAAAUAAUAGACAAACAAACAAACAAACAAACUAGAAUACAAAAAAAAUUCUAUCCGUCGGCGUUGCACAGGAGUUGAAGUUUAGAUUAAUAUGAAAUAAUUAUUUAGAAUUAAUGGUUUGGAGGAAAAUAGCUGUUGGCAUGGAACUGAUCUCGUGUUGGAAUAACAAAAGACAGCAAUAGAUGUAAAAUACUGAUCGUACACUUCGCAAUAAUUAAUAAAUAGUAAGUGCGCAGUGGACGACGGGAAGAGAGAAAAGGCUCUCUUCCUUCUUCCCAUCUUCCCCCGCGGGCUUUCUUUUUUCCCUCUCCCCAGCCUCCCUCCGACACAAAGUGGCCUCUGCAGAGGAAAGAGCUCAUUCACCAAAUAAACCUUUUUGUCGAUUCUUCUCCUUAGGAUCAAUGAGAUAUGCAACAUCCUACGAAAGCAGACAGAAAUGUUAAAUAGCAUUGCCCAGGAUUCCAAACGAGAGAAAGAGGAGAAUGAACAAGCACGAAAGAGAGAUUCUGAGAAAAGGUUUACUUUACGGCCAUUUUAAACCUCGCAUGGUGGCUCGAUUCUUCAGAUUCUUACCAAGUAGAAUCAAAAGCAAAAGCAUUUCUCAGACGUUUUUGUUUUACUUAUUGUGUACAUUGUAUUUAUUUCAUUGUGGUAUAUAA